GAUGUAUGUCUUGACCACUAAAGUUUGAAUCUUUUUAAACGCGAAUUUGAACCCAUAUUUUCUUCUGCCUUCCAUCAUCAAUCAAUCCCAUGGCGACGAAUGCUAAGACACAGCAGGACUGUAGGAGUGGUUGAUAACAGCGACGGAUUUGGAAAGCUACAAGUGAACCCAAGCCAGUCAAACCCAGCGUUCACACUGCACCUGUCCGGAGUACAGGCCCAACGUAAAAUACUCUCUCGCUGCAUGCGACGGGUUACCAACAACAAUUGUCCAGUUGUCCUUCUGGCUCUCCCGGCGGCGAGGUCCCCUGUCCCCUCCCCUCCCUCUGAAGGAAGAAACAGAUCGGAGGCGAGGCCGGGAAGCGACAAGGCGCCACCUUUGUCGCGUGGGAACGCCACGACGACAAAAGGGCAGGCCCGCCGCCCGUGUGGCGCCAGCCAGCACGCAACCAGCAGCAAUCAUCAGCGACAGAGAGGGAGGGAGAAGCUGACACGCCUGUAAAUCCACCCGGCCGGCUCCAGCCAGCGUCAUCGGCCUCCUGCUGCUGCAUGCCACUGAAAGCUAACCAGCGCGGCCGGAGCCCCACCGAGCGUCCUCGCCACCAACUCAACUUCUCACCGCCGCCCGCCGCCAUGGCUCUCGUAGCUUCUGGCCGCUAGCACGUAGCUUUGUUCAUCCGUGGCGCCACCGCUCCUUCUUCUUUCGUCUUUCCUCGACCCGCCUCCAGCCGCUGGCGACGACGAGCGGCGCUCCGGCGGGGUGGUACGGUGCCCCCGCGGCGGCGGCCAGCGGCGGGGCCAUGGGGAUCUACGAGCGGCAGCGCCACAUGGUGGCGGCCGGCCUGUGGGGGGAGCCGUUCCGGCCCGACGGCGACGCUUUCGUCGCGCCCCUGGCCGCCGCCGCUCCGGUAACCGGAGUGGCGGUGGACGUCGUCGUCGAAACAGAGGCCAAGUUCGCCUUGCAGGCGCAGGACGAGGCCGUCCCGCCGGUGGAAGAGGUGGCGCCGUCGUCGGAUAGCUUCGGCCACGACGACGCCAGGCCCCGAGACAAGACACAGAGGAGGCUCGCGCAGAACAGAGAGGCUGCUCGGAAGAGCCGGCUACGGAAGAAGGCCUACAUCCAGAAUCUUGAGACGAGCCGGCUGAAACUGGCGCAGCUGGAGCAGGAGCUCACCAUGGCCAGGCGCCAGCAGGGACACGGCGCCGCCGGAGCCGGGUUCCUCGCGCCACCCGUGGACCCGCGCGUGACGGCGUUCGAGCUGGAGUACGCGCGGUGGGCGGAGGAGCAGAAGAGGCAGGCCGCGGAGCUGCGCGCUGUGCUGCAGUCGGGCGCGCCGGAGCUCCAGCUGCGGCUCCUCGUCGACGCCGCGGUGGCGCACUACGACGCGCUCUUCGACGCCAGGUCGCGCGCCGCCCGCGCGGACGCCGUCUUCGUGCUCUCCGGCGUGUGGCGCGCCCCCGCCGAGCGCUUCUUCCUCUGGAUCGGCGGGUUCCGGCCCUCGGAGCUCCUCCAGGUCCUGGCGCCGCGGCUGGACCCGCUGGCGGAGCGGCAGGCGUCGGCGGUGCGCGCGCUGCAGAACACGGCGAGGCAGCUGGAGGACGCGCUGUCGCAGGGUAUGAGCAAGCUGCAGCAGACGCUCGUCGACGCGCUCCUGACCGUCGACGCGCCGGACGACGGCGGCGGGUACGCGGCGCGGCAGAUGGCCAGCGCGGUCGGCAAGCUCGACGACCUCGUCAGCUUCGUGGACCAGGCGGAUCAUCUCCGGCAGCAGACGCUGCGGAACAUGAACAAGAUCCUGACGCUGCCGCAGGCGGCGCGGGGGCUCCUGGCGCUCGCCGACUACUGCCAGCAGCUGCGCGCGCUCAGCUCACUCUGGGCGGCGCGCCCGCGGGAGCCGGCGUAACGUGCGCUAUGGGCGGGCGCAGGCGGCGACGGCGAAGAGGAAGCGGCAUUGGCAAGGGCACGUGCGCGCGCGGUUGGCGUGGCUGGCGACCGGAUCGGCCGGCGUAGGAAGAGGCCAAGACGGGCUGCGUCAGGGGCUCGGCUCGUCCAGCUCUGCAUCUCGUACGGGCAAGGGAUGUGUUUGUUCUGAAUGAAAUCUGAAUCUUCUGAUGGUUACAGUACAGCAGUAGGAUUUGGAUUUGGUUGGCAAAUCUUGAAAUUUACAAGUGUAAAUAGAGUAUACAUAGUUGUUUGGAACUUUGGAUAGGAGUAUAGGACAUGCUUGUGAGACUAUUACACAUUGUCUCUCUCUUCCUGUAACUACUGUCAUUUGUACGGAGAUAAUGUGAAAAUGUUGAUGAACAAUCUACUCACACUGGACGAUAACCGGAAUUUUGAUCUCCAAACAAGGAUUUGGUUGUGACCAAAA